AUGAACGCGCAGCUGUCGAUGGAGAGUCUGGGCGACCUGCACGGCGCGAGCCAUGAACCGGCGGCGGCGGCGGCGGCGGCGCACGCGCGCUCCGCGGCGGGCAUGGCGUCGCUCCUAGAGAGCGGCGACUAUCCGCAUCCCGCGCACCAUCCGCACCAUCCUCAUCCCCAUCAUCCGCACGCUCAUCCGCAUCCUCCUCCCCAUCAGCACCGCCCCCCGGAGCACGCGGGCCUCGCGGGACACCUGCACGCGGCGAUGAGCGGUGCCAUGGCGUGCGAGGCGACCGCCGGGAUGAGCAUGAGCGGGACGUACACCACGCUCCUACCUCCCAUCUCCACCGUGUCCGACAAGUUCCCGCAUCAUCCUCACCCGCACGCGCAUCCUCACCAGAGGAUCGCGGGAAACGUCAGCGGGAGCUUCACGCUCAUGCGGGACGAGCGCGCUCUCAACAACCUCUACGCGCCCUACCACAAGGACGUCGCCAGCAUGGGCGCCAUCCACGGCUCGCAGCACGCACUGGCCCCUCCGCCUCCGCCUCCUCCUCCGCCGCCUCCGCCGCCGCCGCCUUACGCGCACGAGAAGAUGCUCGCCGGAUUCGACUCCCAUCACCCCGCCAUGCACGCCAGCAGCGUCGCCUCGUCCACCUCGUCCUCGUCCUCGUCUUCGUCGUCCUCCCCGGCGGCCGGAAUGAUGGUGCAAAUCAACGGCAUCCAUCACCACCACCAGCACCACCCGCAUCACCCGCACCACCCGCACGCCCACCUGAGCGCGCAGGGGCAUCACCACCACCAUCACCAUCAUCACCACCAUGCGCAGGGAGCUCUCGGAGCGGCGCGGGACCGGGAACACGCGGCGCCCGUAGAAGAGGUGAACACCAAGGAGGUGGCGCAGAGGAUCACCACCGAGCUGAAGCGCUACAGCAUCCCGCAAGCCAUCUUCGCUCAGCGCGUGCUCUGCCGCUCGCAGGGAACGCUCUCCGACCUGCUGCGGAACCCCAAACCCUGGAGCAAGCUCAAGUCCGGCCGGGAGACGUUCCGUCGCAUGUGGAAGUGGCUGCAGGAGCCCGAGUUCCAGAGGAUGUCCGCGCUGCGACUCGCAGCGUGCAAAAGGAAGGAGCAGGAACAUGGGAAAAACGAGCGAGGAAACGCCUCGAAGAAACCCCGACUCGUCUUCACUGACGUCCAGCGUCGGACUUUACAUGCAAUAUUCAAAGAGAACAAGCGCCCGUCCAAAGAGUUACAAAUCACCAUCUCUCAGCAGCUGGGCCUGGAGCUCGCCACCGUCAGCAACUUCUUUAUGAACGCUCGCCGGCGAAGUCUCGAUAAGUGGCUGGAUGACGGAGGCGCCAACCCAGUCAACUCAUCCUCCAGCACUUGUACCAAAGCGUAACAGCUGCAGACUGACCCCCAAAAAUAACCUUCGGUGGAAAAGCUUUAACCUGAAAGGAAAAAAAAAACUAAGCCAGACAAGUUCUGGAAAGUGUUUUUUUCUUUUUUUCUUUUUUGCCCUUAAGACUUGUACAAUACUGAUAUUUAUAAUAUCCAAAGAAAAAACAACCAAACAACCAAAGACUUCUUCUUCUUCUUCUUCUUCAGCGAGUAUUUAAGACUUCAUUCGUUUAUGUCUGCAAAAAAGAAGUGUUAUUGUUGAAUCAUCAGUCAUACCACAUCACUAGUUUCCCACACUCACGCCUCUCAUUCUCCUUCCACCUGAUUGGUUGGACUCUUUCUCAUCACUGAU